AUGCAGUCACUAUCAAAGAAUGAGUCCAGUGUCUUGGUAUUUACACUCUCUGCUCUAAAUGAAACAAUGGAAAAUAGAUAUGUCUUGUUUUCUCUUACCGCACUAUACUAUCCCUUGAUGGUCUUUUGUAAUGUAACUAUAAUUACAACUAUACUCUUACAUAAGAAGCUUCAUGAGCCAAUGUAUGUGUUUAUAUGUAAUCUGUGUGUAAAUGGACUUUUUGGCACUUCUGGAUUCUACCCUAAAUUCUUGUAUGAUUUAUUAGCACACGAUCAUGUGAUUUCUUAUGCUGGAUGUUUGAUUCAGAUAUUUGUCAUUUAUUCAUCUAUUCUGUGUGACUUUUUCACAUUAACAGUGAUGGCAUAUGACAGAUAUGUAGCAAUAUGUACACCACUGGAGUAUCAUUCAGUAAUGACAAAUCAGAUAAUUUUGAAAUGUAUCCUUUACUGCUGGCUGGCUCCAUUUUUUUCAAUGUCUGUUCUUAUUAUUUUAUUAUCUAGACUCACCUUAUGUGGCUUUAAUAUUGACAAGUUAUAUUGUGAGGUUUGGGCAGUUGCAAAACUUUCUUGUUCCCUUUCGUAG